AUGUCUGACCCAUCGAUACCAGUCCCCGACUCUAACUUCUCACUACCUCGUUACAUACUGGGAUUUAUUCUAAUUGGAUUAGCCUGGGGUUUCACAACACCUUUCAUUCGGCGAGCUGCACGCACACACAAGCCUCCUCCGCACCCCAUUCUAGAUACACCAAAAGUAAAGAAUAGUCGAGUUAAGAGUUCGAUAUACAAAUCCUUUUUUGGUGUGGUGGAUUUGCUAAAAAAUCCGAAAUAUGCAAUACCAUUGGUUAUUAACUUAACUGGGUCUAUCUGGUUCUUCCUAUUGAUAGGACAGGCAGAAUUAAGUCUCACCAUACCUAUCACCAAUUCCCUGGCCUUUCUUUUCACAGUACUUGGUGACUGGUACGUAGAUGGAAAGAUAAUCAGCAAAAGUACGUGGGCCGGAAUGGCACUCUCACUUGCGGGUAUUAUAAUCUGUGUACAAAGUAAGAGUAAAUGA